UGGAGCAAUUUGACCAAGAAACACUGUCACUUCUGGAAGCUGCAAGUAUUACCAAUGAGCUAUUACCCUCAUUGACACGGGAAGACCUAAGAGACCUUAUGCCAGGGCCGGAGAAUUUUCUGAGGAGAAAACACAUUUGGGAAGCUGUCCAUUCAGAGGAAAGCUCAUCCUCUGAACCAGUCACGGAUAACAACAUACCCAAGACACAAGAAGUAACGCCAGAAAAAGUAAUAAAGAUAUGUAGUCCAGAGUAUGUUGUGUACACAGAUGCAGAGCUUGAGCAUGUGCGCAAAUACUACUUUGAACUUCAUCGCAAUGGGCAAGCACAUGAGUGUGUUAUGUCCAAAGAGCUGCGAUGUCGCUUGGUCAGAAAUACUAUUACUUCAAUGAUUUCAAUUGUACGAGGCUAUGACAUGAAGGAAAGAAGAGAUUGGGGAGAGUAUCCCUCCCGUGAAGAAUUGACUGCCAUGGCCAUGAGGGUAAUUCAAUAUUACCCCAUGCUGCAAGAUGCAAAUGGGACUAAGCCAUGGGAGCCUAUCCUGCGACAAAUGCUAAAAAGAUUGCAGAAUGUGAAAUCCACCCUGACGUUGAAACUAUCAACACCCAUGCACAGUCAAGCUUCUGUUGUCAAGAAAAGACGACUUCAGUUCCAGCAAACCGACAAAGAGGCUGAGUCUGCUACUGGUUCAAUUGAAACAACUCAGAUGACUGAUCCCCCAGAGAGCACUUGUACAGACCUGGACAAUAAUAACACAGUGCACGAUCCUCAGUCAAGAAAAAUGCAGGCCAGACAUUAUAAGGCUCUUCAGGAGCUCUUCAAGAAAACAAAACCAAACAAAGAGGACAUCGCUCAUCUAUUGGACCUGGAAUUUGAGUCUAGGAGGUCUUUCAUAGAGUGUUGUUCAGACAAAGCGGAGCGGGCCAAGGCAGUCUUGGAGGCUUAUCCUUGCUUUUCAGAGUGUCAACAUAUUAUGGAUGAAUUGGGGCGAAUCAUUGAGGCUGACAACAAGAGGUACUCAGACCAACUGAAAGCUCGAUGGGGAAAGUUUUACCAAAAUGCACUGUUCUUUGGAGCGUGGAAGAAGGCAUUGAAACCACCUAUGGGUCUGGAUGAAUCUGCACAGGCCAUUGCCUUUAUGGAGGCACUCCCACAAAUGUUCCCUUCCCCAACCGCCCCCCCGAGAAAACUAAAGUCAGCAAGUGAGGCUCUCUACCAUGUCCUUGAGGUGGGUUUUAGUGUCAGUACAUAAUGCUUUCAUUUGUGAAUGUCAUGUGUCUAUGUGUCUGGUUUGACUUC